AUGGAUUCAUUUCCUUCUGCCGGUCAACUGGCCCUCGCGUUGGCCAUAGUCAAGCACAAGCCCGUCCACCUCACCAUCAAAGAGUAUAUCAACCAAAUACGCGAAUGCAUCAAGCCCUCCAAGUCGCCCAACCCUGACGCAGAGAACCACCCCUACGCGAAAGACCAGUAUUUCGACACGCCUCUAGCUACCGCUCCAUUUAUGAGGCACUUCUACACACUCCAGAAGGCCCUGCAAAAAAAGUCCACUCCCUCUGACAUUGCCCGUGCGUCCGUGCAGCUGUGCAAAGCAACAGGUGAUGCGAUAUUAAAGGCAGUUGGCGAGAAGGGAGUGGAGGUCCAUACACCUAGAACAAAACGUCCACUGGUUCAGCCGUCAAUUGUUGGUAUCCUGCACGGAGCAGAGACAUCUUUUCGGCUCCUUCUGCAAGCCGCAAAGAAAUUAUCAACACCAGAGGAGUCGGUUCAGGAGCUCGGAGCACUUACAUAUCACAUGAUAGCCUUGUACGAAUCUACGUUGAGCUCUCUCGAACAAUACUGCAAGAGUCAUUGCAAUGAAGGAGCCAAAGCAAAGCCCAAAUCGAAGAAGUCCAAGAAGACUAAAUCCAACCAGAUCGACGAAACGGCAUCUCGCGUUUCAAGGUUACUGUGUACCAUGGCCAGCUCCCUAGACCAUUCGUCUACUACUCAUCACCGCAUUUUUGAAGGUUUUCUGUUUCUUGUGAUCAACCGCGUGGGCAAGCUUCUCUCGCUAUUCACAUUUCGAGAUCUGAAGCAACGCCCCGAUCUCAACUCCGAUAAGCUCCCUCUUCCCCAGGGUGUAGACGAAGCAUCGGUUGCGGCCCAGGUCGAGGCAAAACAGCUGAUCUGGCUACUGGAGAGACUGUUAGCUGUGCUGGACUCGUUUAAAGACCGGAGGACAUCACUGGGCCACGACACAGAGAAAGCCUGGCUCAUCGAGAAACUUCCGGAUCAACUACAAGGAACUCUCCUUCAAGCUGUCUUUGGCGAAGAUAGAACAUGGGAGCAAGUUCUGAGCCGUCCUCCUCGCCCAAUCGAUCAAGACAUGGAGUGUGUAGAUGUUCCCGACAAUGCCGUCCCGGACUGGUUCAUACGAGAAGCAUGGAGACUACUGGGAUGGGAGUUACUGGCCACUACUUUUCCCUUCCGGUGA